CGCAAACAUCAUUACGAUCAUCAACAAGCAUCACCAAAAAAAAAAAACAUUAUCAUCAUUUUUCGACCAAAGAAUUGUUGUUGUUGUUGAAUUCAAAUUCUUAUCGACCAGAUAUUUUAAACAAAUUUUUUUAAAGAUAAAAACCAAAAUAAAUUUCUUUCUAAAUCAAAAAUGCCAACUGCCACUGUUCAAGUACGACAAACAACGACAACGACAACAGCUCGUUCAUCGGUAAUUGUCAUCAAUACGGGUUAUCUUUCAUCCAAAUUGGGUUUAUUAAAAUUUUUGAUUAUGAUCUUUUCAUUGGUCGCCUUCAUUAUGGCCUUGAUGCAUUUCGAUAAUUAUAAUCGUGAAGUUAGCUUAGAUUCUGAUCGAUUCUUAUUGAUGGUUAGCUUUGCCGAUUGGAUUACGGUUACAUUAAUGUUAAUUGCUGCAUUGCUUUCAUUGGGUAGUGCUACAAUUUUACCCAAAGCAAGUUUUGAUUUCAUAUUUCAUUUCAUAUUGGGUAUUCUUAUGUUGAUUGCUGGACUUUGGGUUGCUGCUUCUGCAUUUGCUGAUCCACAACGUAACACUUAUAUACAAGCUGGUUCCGUUUGUGCUGCCAUUUGUGGGAUCGUUCAAAUUGUUCAUGGAAUUUUCUCUUAUCGUCUUUGCAUCACGAAUUAGUUUACCCCCCCCAAUGAAUAAACCACUUGAAUUAAAAACACACAAUACCACAAUCAUCAUCAUCAUCAUCAUCAACUUUGAAACUUUAA